CGAGGCAGUUUUUUAUGGUUUAUGGUUUUGCAUGAGUUUGUUGUGUUGUUUUUCGGCAAUAUAUCAUGAAAAUCGUUACGUGCACGGCACCGAUUAACAUUGCUGUAGUCAAAUACUGGGGAAAAAGGGACAGUAGCCUAAUACUACCAAUAAAUGAUUCUGUCAGUGCAACCCUUUCCCAAGACCAGCUUUGUGCAAAGACAUCGGCAGCUGCUAGUCAUCAAUUCUCUGAGGACAGAAUUUGGCUGAAUGGUCAAGAGGAGUCCAUUGAAAAUGUCCGCCUGCAAAAGUGUCUCAGGGAGAUUCGCCGUAGGUGCCGCAAACGAAAGCACUCUGAUACAGGAGGUGAGGACAAGCAUUUCUCAGAAUACCAUGUGCAUAUAUGCUCUGAGAACAAUUUCCCAACAGCAGCAGGAUUGGCAUCCUCGGCUGCAGGUUACGCAUGCCUCGUAUACACACUUGCUCAGCUAUUCAAUGUAGAAGGUGAUAUUUCUGCAAUAGCUAGACAAGGAUCUGGAAGUGCCUGUCGGAGUGUUAUGGGAGGCUUUGUUCGUUGGUUAAUGGGCAGCAAUGAGGAUGGUAGUGACUCCAUAGCAGAGCAGGUUGUGUCCGAGACACAUUGGCCAGAGCUGCGGGUUCUAGUUUGUGUGGUAUGUAUGAUGUGUAUGCAUGUAAAAGUCCGUCCUCAAAAGCUAUGAUUUCAUGCCUGGAUU